AUGGCGCCUCUUGGACCAGCGGCAUUGCUCGGUUUACUGCUGCUACCGGCGGUUGUUUUCGGUGUGCGACUCUCUUCGACGCCGGCUGCUACAGAUUGCCCAUUGAACUUAAGUGGGUCGAAUUUCACUCUGGCUGCUUCCCUUUGCUCCGACCAAGAGGAUAGAGGAAUGUGUUGUCGUUAUAUUAAUGCCUUGAUAGCAAUUUCAAUUUCCCGGUAUGCAAACACAACAAGCAAUCUCGGGGUAGCUCCAGAUUUAUCUGAUACCUGCAUCCAGACAAUAUCCAAAACAUUCGAGCUAUACGGAGUGAGACAGAAUGCAUCAAUUUUCUGUGGGUUCGGGACAAAAAUACCUAUGAACUAUGAUUGCCAGGGCCGGACAACUGUUACACAGAUGCUUCAAUCUCCAAAGUUCAGUGAUGUUUCUGAAAAUUGCAAGGCGCCUCUUUCGGCCGAUAAAGCCUGUCGAAAAUGCUUGAAUGCUGGCAUUCUUUAUCUCCGAAAUCUACUGGGGCCAGUGAACAAUGUGACGUUGAGUACAUGUAGGGAUGCAACUUUUGCUGCCAUUGCCAGCCAAGUUGAUUACUCGUCGACUAUUGACAUCGCUAGCUGUUUUUUUGGGGUUCAGGGUCUUAUAACUUUAACAGGUUCUCCACCUUCCUCAAAUUCAACCGAAUUGUCUGCCAGUCCACCAGUUGCUGCUGGUCCAACUCAGCUUUCCUUAAUCUCGCCUGUGAAUGAAAAUCGCCAUCACUACCACCUCACAGUGGUCCCAGGCAUUGGUAUUGCAGUUACAGCACUUGCUAUCACAAUGGUUGCUGUAUUAGUUGUCCUCAUUCGCAGGAAAAGCCGAGAGCUGGUGGAUGACUCGGAUAACUCGGAUAUAAAUGACGAGACAUCCCCAAAGCCCAUUGCUCUUGAAUCUAGAAAGCUUCAGGAUGGUCCCCCCUGUAUGUUCAGAAAAUUCAGCUACAGAGAGACAAAGAAAGCUACAAAUAACUUUAGCACUGUUAUUGGACAAGGGGGAUUUGGAGUUGUAUACAAGGGUGAGUUUCAAGAUGGUUUAGUUGCAGCAGUUAAGAGGAUGAGUAAAGUUUCAGAGCAGGCAAACGAUGAAUUUUGCAGGGAAUUAGAGCUUCUUGCUCGACUACAUCAUCGCCAUCUUGAAACUAAUACCUGCAAUUUAUUCGAUCACAGGUUUCUAAUGUAUGAAUUUAUGGCGAAUGGAAGCUUAAAGGAUCAUCUCCACACACAAGGGAGAACUCCUCUCAGCUGGCGUGCAAGAAUCCAAAUUGCCAUUGAUGUAGCAAAUGCGCUGGAAUACCUCCAUUUUUACUGUGAUCCUCCUUUGUGCCAUAGAGAUAUCAAGUCGAGCAAUAUACUAAUAGACGAAAACUUUGUGGCGAAGGUUGCUGAUUUUGGCCUCGUGCACGCGUCAAAGGAUGGUUCCAUUUGCUUCGAACCCGUAAACACAGAUAUACGAGGGACUCCAGGUUAUCUGGACCCAGAGUACGUGAUAACGAACGAGCUGACUGAAAAGAGUGACGUGUACAGCUACGGGGUAGUUUUGCUGGAGCUUGUCACGGGUAAACGGGCAGUACAAGACAAUAAGAACCUAGUCGAGUGGGCCCAGGCCUACUUCACGCCCGAGUCGAGGAUAACCGAGCUUGUCGACCCUUACCUUGGGCACUCGUUCGAAUUUGACCAGCUCCAAACCGUCUUAACACUCGUGAGAUGGUGCACACAGAGAGACGGCCGGGCCCGACCUUCAAUAAAACAGGUCUUAAGGCUCUUGUAUGAGAGCUUCGACCCGUUGCACAGCGGGUUUGUGGAGGCCGUGGAGGAUGCAGAGUGCGGGGAGAAUGAGAGUCGGGGAAAGACAGGCAGGGGCAAGAAUGUCUUUUCAAGUGGGGACGGGAGGUUUCUGGCCAACUCCUCGUCGAGCACAACUCGAUCGAAUUGUAGUCGAAACUUUUUGCUGGAGAUGGGGUCUCCUCAGUCGCCUCAUAACACACCAUCUCUUUAG